CCUCUGGGAUGACCGGGGCAGGGCGGCGUUGAAGGGUUUGCUGUUGCAGUAUAUUCGUAACUGGGGAUGAGUCAUUAAAGCACCAUCAAUACGAGGUCGUCGGUGAAUGUUGGGGUCUUUUCCAAAACGUUCCUAUCCUACUUCGCUCAGGCUGGCGUCAGCUGAAGUUCAAACGAUUUUUAAAAAUAUAUUCUCCUGAACUCGUUCUGGCUCUCGCCCACCUUGAAUUCUUCUUUACACUUUCGAACUCCUCUUCUCACGUCCUGCUCCUCAUCAACUUCUCAUUGCCGCAAACCAAAAAAGCCUUCCCACCAGAACAAACCCACCAACUCACCAUGUCUACCGCCACUGCUCCCACCAUCGCCCAACAACCCCCACCAGUCCCAACCCCGGACCCGAAAACCUUCAUCCGCGUCCGCACCACUCUUCCUCACAAGCCGCUGCCCCCAAACUCGGCACGCCAACCGAUCCUCACCCCGCGCCUCAUCCUCCGCCCGCUGUGCACCAACGACCUCGCCGACCUGCAUGAAUUGCGCACCCAGCCCGAGGUGAUGGUCUGGACGGCGGUGGGCGUGCCGGACAAGGACCUGGACGCGACCCGGGCCUCGCUGGCGCGCAACUUGCCCCCCAAUGACGGGGAGUCGUUCAACUAUGCGAUUUGCGACCGGGAAUCCGGGAAACUGAUUGGGAUUGGGGGAUGUCACAGGCUGGAAGGGCAUUUUGGGUGGCCUGAGCUGGGGUAUAUGAUCCGAAGGGAGUUCUGGGGCAAGGGGUUGGCGACCGAGUUUUUGGCCGCGUGGUUGCCGGCUUGGGACGGAUUGGAGAGGCAGGAGGUUGAGAUUGUGGUUGAUCCGAGGACUGUGCAGAGGGCGGAGGUGGAAUGGGAAGGGGAGGGGGGGGGCAAGAAGGUGAGGGAGCAGUUGCUUGCGUUCACGGCGGUGGAGAAUGGGAAGAGCCAGAGGGUGCUGGAGAAGAACGGGUUUAAGUGGUUCGUGGCGUGGGUGGACAGGAACAUGGCCGAUGCUAGGGCGCCGGGACGACUGGUGGAUUUGUCCACAUAUCGGUACUUUCCGGGGGUAGGGCCGGAAUAAGGAGGUCCGGCGCGAUCUUGCUUGGGAGUUGAAGAC